AUGGGGUCCAUAAAGAGGAGCCGUGUCCUCUUCCUCACCCUGACGUCCCUUUUCGCUUGCGUGGUUGUCUCUGAAGCUCAGCACCAGCCUGGUUACUGCUCAUUUUAUGAGGAGUGUGGCAGAAAUCCUUCAGUCAACGGCAGCUUGAUCAAACCCAUCAUCCCCUGUGUAAACUACACCCCAGCCAGGAAGCUUCAGGGUGCUCACUACCAGAGGCUGAAGAAGGUGUGUCCAAUGCUGGACAGAGGUGAGAACAACACCAUGGCCUGCUGCUCCAUGAACCAGCUCAACUCCCUGGAAAACAGUCUGACACUGUCCAAGGCCAUCCUUGUCCGCUGCCCCGCCUGUGCUGACAACUUCGCCCACCUGCACUGCGUCACAACCUGCAGCCCCAACCAGAGCCAGUACCUGAACAUCACACGCACCAUCAACAUCACUGUCCUGGGCCAGGUGAAGGAGGCCGUUGUCGGCUACCAGUGUUACAUGUCCAGAAAGUUUGGUGACUCUUCCUUCAAGUCCUGCCAGAACGUGCGCAUACCCGCCACCGGGGGCUUUGCCAUUGCUACCAUGUGUGGUCGCUAUGGAGCCACACUAUGCAACACUCAACGCUGGUAUGACUUCCAGGGCGACUCCAGCAAUGGCCUUGCACCUCUGGACAUUGACUUCCGGCUCAUCCCCGAGGGUGCCCCCGUGCCCCCGGGCAUUGUGGCCUACGCUGGGAAGGCCCUGAGGUGCAAUGAGACGACAGACACUGGUGGCAAGGCAUGCUCCUGCCAGGACUGCGUGGAGUCCUGCCCUGUCGUCCCUCCUCCAGCUCUGCCACCGGGGCCCUUCCUGAUUUGGGGAGUGGAUGGGGUGCUGGUUGUGUGCCUGCUCAGCUUCUGCCUGCUUGCCCUCUCCUUCCUGGGCUUUCUGCUCAUGCUCCACUUCAAAAGGGGCAAUGCUGCCACCUCCAAGGAGGCAGAGAGCAUGGGCAAGGACAAAAAUAGCAACGAGGUGCACGAGGUUGUGGAUCCAAAGGAUGUGACAUGUACGGACAGGAACAGCCUUGCCACGCAGGAGUUCUUGGGCUUCCUGUUCCAGAGCUGGGGCACUCUGAUGGCCCGAUACCCCUUCAUAGUGCUGCUGGCCUCUCUAGUGGUGGUGUCAGCGUUUGCUGUGGGUCUGAUGCACAUUGAGCUGACCACUGACCCUGUGCAGCUGUGGUCGGCCCCCAACAGCCGCGCCCGGAGGGAGAAGGAUUUCCAUGAUAAGUACUUUGACCCGUUCUUCCGCACCAACCAGCUGAUCCUGACUGCGCCUGGCCGCCCGGGGCACUCCUACGACUCUCUGCUUUUUGGUAAGCAGAACUUCAGCGGCAUCAUCUCCAAGGACCUGAUCCAGCAGCUGCUAGAGCUGCAGUCCAGGAUCCAGGCCAUCGAGUUCUGGUCAGACGAGCUGAACCGCACCGUUAGCCUCAAGGACAUAUGCUUUGCACCCCUGAAUCCCAACAACCCGUCACUGACGGACUGCGCAGUCAAUAGCCUGCCUCAGUACUUCCAGAACAGCCUGGACAACCUGAAUGCUAAAGUCAACAUGACCGAGCUGGGUGUCACCAAAGAGGUGGACUGGAGAGACCACUUCAUUUACUGCGUUAAUUCCCCCCUGUCUUUCAAAGACAUCACAGACCUGGGCCUGAGCUGUAUGGCCGAUUACGGUGGCCCUGUCUUCCCCUUCCUGGCCGUGGGUGGAUAUGAAAAUGAGGAAUACACUACUGCUGAAGCUCUCAUUAUGACCUUCUCCCUGAACAACUACCCAAGGGAACAUGAAAAGUUUAAGCUAGUGGAACAAUGGGAACAGAUGUUCCUUGACAUUGUCCAGGAGUACCAGAGGGACCCAGCAACUAACUUCACAUUUGCCUACAUGGCAGAGAGGUCACUGGAGGAUGAGAUCAACCGGACAACAGCGGAGGAUAUCCCCAUCUUCAUGAUCAGCUACGCGGUGAUCUUCGUGUACAUUGCAGUGGCGCUGGGAGAGUACUCCUCUUUCAAACGUAUACUGGUAGAUUCUAAGUUUCUGGUGGGCCUGGGAGGGAUUCUGGUGGUAGGCUGCUCCGUGCUGUCCGCCAUGGGCUUCUACGCUUGGAUUGGCAUCCCCUCCUCCCUGGUGAUCCUGCAGGUGGUGCCCUUCCUGGUGUUAGCCGUGGGAGCCGACAACAUCUUCAUCUUUGUGCUGGAGUAUCAGAGGGAUGAGAGGAGGAAAGGGGAGAGCAGAGAGGAACAGAUCGGCCGCGUCCUGGGCAACGUGGCUCCCAGCAUGCUCCUCUGUAGUCUCUCAGAGUCCGUCUGCUUCUUCCUGGGGGCCCUGAGCAGCAUGCCGGCAGUGAAGUCCUUCGCCCUGUACGCGGCGCUGGCCGUGCUGAUGGACUUCGUGCUACAGAUGACUGCCUUCGUGGCGCUGCUGUCGCUGGACGCCCGCAGGCAGGAUGCAGGCCGCUGCGAGCUGGCCUGCUGCGUGACAGUGUCCACUCCACGCCCCUCCAACCACGGGCAGGGCUUCCUGCUGCCCGCCAUGAAGCGCUACUACGCCCCCGUCCUGCUGCAUCCCGUCACCAGGAUUGUUGUGAUGGUGGUGUUCCUCUUCAUGUUCUGUGCCUCAGUCUUCCUGAUGUUCCAUGUCACAGUGGGGCUGGAUCAGGAGCUGGCCAUGCCAAAGGAUUCCUACAUGCUGGACUAUUUCAAGUACCUGUACAAGUAUUUUGAGGUGGGCGUCCCAACGUACUUCGUCACCACAAGGGGCUUCAACUUCACCACUGUGGAGGGCAUGGAUGCUGUGUGUUCCAGUGUAGGCUGUAACCCCUUCUCCCUCACACAGAAGAUCCAGUAUGCUACAGAGUACCCAGACAAAUCCUACCUAGCCAUCCCAGCAUCCUCUUGGGUCGAUGACUUCAUCGACUGGCUCAACCCUGGAUCCAAAUGCUGUCGUCUAUAUACUUUGGGCCCAAAUGCAGGACAAUUCUGUCCUGCCAGUGAGUCUGCAUUCCUGUGUGGAAAGAGGUGUGUCAGUGCACCUCAAAAUGGCGUUCUGAGGCCCACUGUGGAACAGUUCAACAAGUACCUGCCCGAUUUCCUGGGUAACCGGCCUGACCUGCUGUGUCCCAAAGGUGGACUUGGAGCCUAUGACAAAGCGGUGGUCAGAAACGAGCAAGGGGAAAUCAUAGCCUCCCGAUUCAUGGCGUACCACACGCCCCUCACCACCUCCAAGGAGUUUACAGCGGCGCUAAAGAAGGCGAGGGAGCUGGCCGCCAACAUCACCCUCAGCAUGCGGCAGGUUCCGGGGACCUCACCCGACUUCGAGGUCUUCCCCUACACGGUGACGUACGUGUUCUAUGAGCAGUACCUGAGCAUCGUCCCUGAGGGCCUCUUCAACAUCUCGCUCUGCCUGCUGCCCACCUUCGUCGUGUGCUGUAUCCUGCUGGGCAUGGACCUGCGCUCGGGCCUGCUCAACCUGCUUACCAUCGUCAUGAUCACCGUGGACACCGUGGGAGUCAUGACACUGUGGGGCAUCGACUACAACGCUGUUUCACUCAUCAACCUGGUCACGGCUGUGGGUAUCUCAGUGGAGUUUGUGUCCCACCUCACGCGCUCAUUUGCUCUCAGCACACUGCCCACCCACGUGGAAAGAGCCAAGGAGGCCACCGCCAACAUGGGCAGCGCGGUGUUUUCAGGUGUUGCCAUGACAAACCUCCCGGGGAUCGUGGUGUUGGCGUUUGCCAAGGCCCAGCUCAUCCAGAUCUUCUUCUUCCGGCUGAACCUGGUCAUCACGCUGCUGGGCAUGGUGCAUGGUCUCAUCUUCCUGCCUGUGCUGCUCAGCUUCUUUGGACCGGACGUGAACAAGGCCGUGCUUCUGCAACAGCAGAGAAAAGCCCAGGAGAUGAAAUCAGAGAGCAAUGUCUACACAAACAUGAGUUUUGAGGACUGA